UUUAUUACGUGAUAAUGGCCACGUGAGGAAUUCGCGCCGUAUGACCAGUUGUGAGAUAUACCGGUACAUAUUUGAAGUAUAUUAGUUCAUUUUUAUAGCAUUUUAACUUCAUAUUUUUAGGAAAAUUUAACGCCAUGAAGAAGGCAAAUAUUGUCUGGCUUUCGCGGUAAUCCCAGGCCCGAGUUGCGCCCACAGCUGCGCGGUUUCCUGUUGUAUAUACAAAUAUAUUAGACUGUUAAAACCAUAUACCGGUAUAUAUAGCUGAAUUAAGAUGAAAACUUGCGCUGUACAAAGUAAAAUACAGUGCGUACUUAAAACAGCGGUAAAACAAGCUCCAUCGAGUAAACGCCAAGGACAAAAUUAUUGUGUUGAAGCUACUCAAGAAAUUUGUCAAGAGGCAGAAGAAUGCGAUUUUACUAAGGCUAUAGCAAGUGAAAAGUUUGAUGGAACUUGCUGUCAUGUAAGAAUUAAUAAUGGACGGUUAAUGCUAUGGGCUAGGUUGGAUAGGAAACCAAGCAAAGGUGCCGAUAAGAGGUUUAAAGCAUAUCAGAGAAAACAUAGAGAAUGGAAGCUUACAAAAACUGGUGAAGAGCCAAUUUUUCAAUGGAAGUUUCCAAAUGAUUUAAAAACUGUGCCAGAGGAAUGGAUUCCAGCAGAUGACAUUAAAAUAGAUGAUUCAACUAAAUUUCCAAUCCCUGACGAAAACGGACAUAUCCCAGGUUGGGUUCCAGUUGAAAGUACGAACCCACAAUACUGCUGGCAUUCGUCAGUCAUAGAUUAUAACACUGGUAUGGCAUUGACUUUAAAACUAUAUAGUGACACCAAAAAUGGCGACAAAGCAGUUGAAAUUUCACCAACGCCUCUUGCUGAUCUAGACAGAAAAACUCUCGAAUUGAUUGGAACUAAUAUUAAUGGAAAUCCAUAUGGUUUGGGUAGCAAAAGUAAGCCUUUCCAUGUAUUAGUUGAACAUGGUUGUAUAUCUCUAUUAGACUUACCUCAAAGCAUAUCAUAUGAAUCAAUAUAUACAUGGUUUACCUCCAAUUCUCAUGCGUCUGUUGAAGGAAUUGUUUGGCAUUUUUCGUCAGGUAAAAUGUUCAAGUUACAUCGUCACCACUUAAAAUUGUCAUGGCCACAGAAAGAGGCGAAGCCACUUUUACGAGACCGUCCUGUGAUCAUAAAAACUGGCAGUUUGCCUUUUAAAGAAUAUUCUUCUAAUUCAAAAUCUAUGUUUAAAUAUUUGUUUUCAUUGAAUAGUACAUCGUUUUCAAAAUUUAGAGAUAUUUUUGAAAUUAGUGAGUCAGUAAAUGGUGCUGUUUAGUUGCUUCAGUUUAUAAGAUCAUCUAUUCUAAGUCUGCUAGCUAUAUUUGAUCGUUUCAGUUGUUGUUUUCAAUUUAUUGAAUUGGAUUGUUUGUAAUAACUUCUAGUCUAGAGCCCUGCUCAUAUAGAAGUCGAGAAUAUACCUCAAGGAAAAAUGCAGCCGUUAUUUUUUUAUCACAAUCCUGAAAAUUACAAUUUUUAGAUUAUAAAUUUGGAAGUAUUUAAAUACUAAGAAGUCAAUUUUUGAAUGUAAUGUGUUGUAUGUAUAAAAAUAGACCUGAAAACUAUUUUUCAUUAAAUGAUACUUUGAUAGUCAUUUUGCUGGGUAAUUCGAUGGUAAAGUUUUGCUGUAGUUCUAUUUUUGAUGUUCUUAUUACAUUUUUUACAAACAAAGUCUCUUAUCCUAUCAGUAGAAAACCCGUAACCCAAACACGGAUAUGGAAGUUUCUGUUUAUUCCCGCGAUUAAACUUUGGAAGCACUUGUUUCUUCGACAAGUUAUUGAAAGUUGCCUGAGUCAACAGUUGAAUAGUGUCCUUAUAUAUAAGUGUUAUUGCGACUUUAGAAAAAUAAAUAUUUCACCAUUCAAUAUCAUAAUUAGAAGUUUAGGCUUCUUAUCAAACUUGUUUUUUAUAGGAUUAAAAGUGACACACUCAAUUUAUUCGCACAUAAGUUUUACAGACAAAUUCCAGAAAUUUUCAUAUACAAAUAGUUUGGUAUUUCAGUUUUUUGCUUUAAAAGUAUUUUUUAAUUAUAUACCAGAUUUAUCAAGCAGAAUGAUUACCGGUAUAUUGAACUAGAAUGAGUUUGGUAUAACCAUAAAAAUAUCAAAGUCUACAGAAAAAAGUUCUUUUUCUUUUGAAAUAUACUUUUUUGUUUAAACUAAAUUAUGAGAUCCUUGCCCAUGGCACACCCACUCUGACAUUAUUUAUCCAAGCACCCAGGUGAAACUGGUAAAGUCUUGUAUGUCAUGUUUUUCAGUAAUUUAUUAAUUUUCUACUAAAUAAUGACGUAUUCCCGAUAUGUAAAUAAAUUUUACGCUGUCCCCCAAAGUUCCCGCCUACAGCACUCAUGUUAUACCUCCGACACACCCACUCUAAUUUUAUUUGUUCGGGUGACAGGGUGAUGCAAUUACUUUUACAACCAUAUGCUAUUUUAGAGUACAGUGCUGAGUGCCUUGUUACAUAUGAGUCAGGUUCACGUAUACUAGUAUUAUAAUGAAAUAUUUGAGAAUUUGUCAAUUUUUCCUAAUACAUGAUGUAUAGUAAACUUGCUUUAAAAUUGUUCUCCCGAGAUUUCAGAUUUGGUAUUCCAGAAUUCUCAGUCUUAUGCUUAUAAAUUGCAAUAAUUUUUCAUCAAAAUAAGGUGUCUCUAUAACCAACCAAUAACCCUCUAUGAAGGAUGCAAAUUGCGACUCUGACCAUAUAUUAACAUGAGGUAUCAAAUCCGCCCCCCCCCCCCCUCCCCUAUUUGAUUUAGGUGACAUAUAUCGAAUAUCCUCGCAUAUAAUUCGAGUUCGAAACUCAAAAAAAGUUGUCAAACUUUAGGGUCUGCUUAUUACAAGCAUACCUCUGAUAGCACUAAAAAUUCGGCAUAUACACGCAAAACUCUGAUGCAUAUAUGGUUAUCAUUUUCAUUAAAUGGUGCAUACGGCGUGUCACGAUUUGUAGGGUCGGCUUUUAUGCAAAUUUUAUCAAAUUCACUACUUUAGGCCCUUUUUUAGGGGGCUGCCUCAUAAGCGAGAUCGACUUAUAUGUGAGGAUAUAGUGCCUCACGCCUUCGUAUUACCUGUAACGGUGCAUAUCAAAUUCUAAGGAGUUACCGUAAUUGGAAUUGCUGGUGCAUCCCCCUUAUCUGUGUAGUGUUUCCAUCCAGGUGCUGCUCACUGUUUAUUUAUUAUUGAAUAUUGUAAUUCGAUAGUUUUCUGUGGAAAGCUACACAACCAAUGUGACAUAUAAAUUUAUUUUUGGGACGUCAACCCCAAUUCCACCUCUAAAUAUUAUGGCACCAUAUUUUACUUUAUAUUUAUUGGCCAAUGAUGACCCCACCCACACAGAACACGCCCCCUACUCAUCUCUAAAUCUGACUUUGGGACAAAUCCACUUCAACAUUUUAAUAUCUAACAUUUUUGAUACUUUUGAUUGGCUCUACACGGUACACACCCACUUGUCUGAUUACAGACUUCAAUAAGUACUUAAAGCUUAGAAUACUUUCAUUUUGACAUCAUUUUUCCAGUACAUCACUGCAAUCGAGAAUUGAAUCUGUAAUUUUUGACGUUUACA